ACAGAGGGAUUUAUUAAUUUACAUGUACGUGAUGUCAUGAUUUAAAGAUUAUGUUCUGAUUUGAAAUCGUUCUUCUGCUCAAAUUAUUACACUAGUUGAUUGUGUGGGUUAUAUUUAUGCCAAAAGUGGAUGACGCGAUACAUGUAUACCAAAUGGAUUCAGAAGGAGUUACACAAAGACCACACUUCCAUAGAAGUCUAACAUUAAAUUUUGAUGGAGACAGGACAAAGAAUGCAGAAAAAUUUUGUCAUCAACUUAUACGUAGAUCUGCCGAUGAAAUAUACAUGAACGAUUUAAGAAAACAAAUGAAGAAGUAUUUGGUUUCAUUUGAAUAUGGACCAGCAGAUUUGGAUGAAAUUAAUCAUAUCUACCGCCGUUUACACAAUAUAUCUUCAAAGUUACCCAAGUAUGUCAAAGACCUGGAAGAUCCAGAAUUUAGAUUUUGCAUAAUCGCCAACAACGAAAACAGAGCAACUAAUUGUGGCAAGACUAUAUUUGAAUGCACCCCAAAUCUGCAUAAUGUAAGAACAAAUGAGCCAAUUUCAUGUAAAGAAAAAGAAUAUUGGUAUAGGGUGACUAUAGUUGACAUCAGUAGUAAACAAGACGAGAUCGAAGACAUGAUUACUGUACACAGCAUUUCUGAAGUUCCCAAGGAAUACCUAUUUGCGUUCAUGGACAAAAAUAAUUCACCCCCAAAGCAACAAACUAGUAAUCUUCUCAGAACUAUACCUGCAAAUCAUUUUCUGUCUGGUGGCAGAACUACUUAUCUGCGCAGUGCCUGUCACAGGUUUCUGAUAGAUUGCAUUGGUAACUUGGAACGAAGUUUAACCCUGAUGACAGAAAAAGAUUCUUCGUACCUUUUUGACCGCCUGGAAGUUUUAAAAGGGAGAUUACACAAAGGGGAAGAAAAGACUUGUCGCACUCUUUCAGUGGCGUGCAUGGAUUUUGUUCGAAAAGGUGCAAAACUAGGUGUGACUGGCCAUGUUCUUAUGGAUGGAGUUUUGACAUUGUAUAUAGACAAGCAAUGUAAUGAUUUGAAGUCAUUGAUCAAGAAUAUCAGAGAUAAUUUUAAUGGUAAGAUCGAGGAAAUUUUUGUUGACAAAGGUUUCCCUAAAGGUUAUUCAAAUAUUAUGCCUGGUGGAGAAAUAAUUUCUCCAAAAGGCGGCGGAACCCUCGGAAUGUUUGGUCAUUUAGAUGGUUCGCCAGUUGCAGUUACAGGUGGGCACGUUAUUGAGAAGGGCCAGCUCGCCCAGGUUCAUAUCGACGACAUACUUGCAAAGUUGGGAACAUGCAUUUGGCCAAUUGUGACGCAAUCCCAAACGAAUAUUCCAGAUAUUGCUGUCAUUGAAUUGGAUGGAAAUAUGGUGGAUAGAAUUUCUUACCGUAUUGGAAAUGAUGUUGCAAUUUGUACAAGAAAGCUUUUAGAAUUGAAAAAUCGAGGAGUUUUCAAAUAUGUUGCCGCAACUCAGUUUACACGUGGCUUUAUACAGGAUAUUGAUAGUAUGUCUUUAUUUGACUCAACCGAUGUAGCCCUGGUAGCACAUAAAGAUGACGAUAAAAACUUUGCGGAAGAGGGAGAUAGCGGUGCCAUUGUGCUUACAAGAAUCAAGGACCAACAUUUCGCAAUUGGUGUUGUGUAUGGUGGAAAAUUGGAAUCUCGGGAUAGCUCCCAGAGAGUAUCGCCCAAAACAACUGUUAUUGUUAGCCUUAAUCAUGCAAUUCAACGUUUUAAGAAAGGAUAUGAAAACUUUCAAGUUUUAAACUUGGACUCCGUUUAAUUUGAAUAUUUGUGACAAGAAAUAUACUGUUUUCAGAU